UGGCCUAACGGCAAGGCACCUGGUUUGGGACCAGGGGAGUAUCUAUUAAAGAAAUUAGAACAGGAAAAGCAGCAAAUAAAGCAGGAAUUUCGAGAGCAAUUACAAGCCAAAGACCAAAGAAUUAAAGAUUUAGAAAGACAAUUAAAUAAGUCCACCGGAGAAAAAGAAAUCCAAACUGAGCCAAUAAUUAAAUCUAAUCAAGAAACUCAGACCGAAUUGAAUGAACAAAAACCUAAAAGAGAGUUACAGUUGGUAAAAUUAGAAAUGGAAUCGGAUGAGUCAGAGGAAGAAACUGUUUCAGUAAUAUUGAAAAAUUAG